UUUGUGUGCAUGUGUGUACUUGUGUCUAAGUGUGUAUGUGGAGGCGCCACGUCGGCAGAACAGUCAGAGAGAAAAGCUGCUGCAGCCUGAUCCUGAGUCUGUGGAGAAGUUCGGAAGCUGCUGCUGCUGCGGAUCGAUGCGAUAGAGAUCUGAAAACUCCCCGGAGAAGAAGAAGAAGCGGCCUCCUCCUCCUCCUCAUCCUCCUGUCCCCGUCCGAGCUGCAGCUUUCACCCCGAAAACACAUCGCUCCAACCGCGGCAGAGUUUUGGCUCCUCGGCUGAAACACAAGCUGCUCCAGGCUCGAGUUGCUCUCAGGUGUGUUUGCAGGAGAAACACAGGGAACGAUGGUGAAGAAUGUGAACAGUGUUAACGUGGAGCCCCAGCCUGGGACCAGCGUGGCUUUGGAAGAAGCUGAACCCGCCUCCAUCCAGCCUACAGAGGAAGCUGGCAAGGACCAUGUGGUGGCGGCACCCAGCAUGAUGUGGCGGAUGGGCGGCGGCCUCUUCAACGUCACCAAGGGUGUCGUGGGUGCUGCGGUGGGCGGAGUGGUCUGGGUGGGCGGCAAGAGCCUGGAGAUCACCAAGUCGGCUGUGACCACGGUGCCUUCGAUGGGGGUGGGGCUGGUGAAGGGGGGCGUGUCAGCCGUGGCCGGCGGCGUCUCCUCGGUGGGGUCGUCAGUAGCCAGUAAAGUCCCGUUCACGUCCAAGAGGAAAGAUAAGGCUGAGUGAAGAGUCUGAGGAGGAAGAGGAGGAGGUGGAUGAUGGUGAAGAUGAUAAAGAUGAUGAUGAUGAUGAUGGAUGAUGGACUUGCCCCGCCCUGAGCCAACAGAGACAGGCCGCCUGCAGAUCUCUGUCUCCCAAUCAGACUCCAUAGUGCCUUCAGAUGCCUUGCUCGGCCUUGAACGCAAUAGUCUUGUCACCAUACCGAGAUGUAGACUUUCGAUGCAUAUAACUACCGUCGUUUCCUUCAAGUUCAGUAGUACUACGUUAACAUGGCAACACAUAAUUACCAGGAAGAAAUGCUGAGUCACCAAAACUCUGUGUGCGACCCCUGCCUGACCUGGAGCUGGGGGUUUGUACGGCUGGAACUAAAGAUCUGUCUCCAGGGAGAUUGCAUGGACUGGGAUCCACUGCAGUCUCGUGGUGAACUUCUUGAUGCUGUUGAAUUUUUUUUUUAACUGUUGAUUAUCUGACUGAUGCUCAAUCUGUCCUUCACUCUCUCCUGUCAAACCACGUCUGGUGAAAUGUUUUCUGAAUCAAAACGCUGAAGACUUUUCUCUUUAUUUUGUUUUUUCCUUCUUUUUUUUUUGCAGUUGUAUGUAAGUAAUAUUAAAAUCUGUGAGACAAACAUAGUGUGUUUUUGUGAAAAGUAAAAUGUUUCAACAUUGGAAAACGAGGGAUCAGCGUUGUUGUUCAGUAUACAUCCUCCAAUGUGUCUGACCUUUAUUCUUUUAAAGAGCCCUAGGCCUUUUUCCUGUUCUUACCCAGAAGCCUCCAGUCCACAGGGGGGAACAUUUAUCUGAAAUGUCUGGAGGCGGUAAACACAAUCACAUGUACAGCCAUGCUCAUGUCUUCACCACAGCUAUGAUAUUCUUAAAGUUUUCUGUUUAUCCUAAAUGUUGAAAUGCUGCGUCGGAGUUUGAUAAAUUGACUUUUUUUUGGUUUGUGUGAGUUAAAGGGCCAAAUGUCGUCUGGAGACAGUAAAGGUUGAACUGCACCUUUUAAUCCGGAACAUGUUAAUAUGCAAUAGCAGCAUUUCAAUGCAACAUUUGGAGUGAGUGGUAGCAGUUGCAGAUUGGACUAUGUGUAUGUCUUGUAUGUGUUUUUUCAAUAUAUAUCAAUAAAGUAGUUUGGAAGGUAAAAAUAUCUUUAACAUAAAA